UUUUUACUCAAACAACAACACACACAGCAGAAGCAAGAAAAGAGAAUUGGGAUUCAUCAGAAUGGAGUCAAAAACCAAACCUUAUUUUGCUGCCAUUAUCUUCCAAAUCAUUUUUGCUGGGAUGAGUAUUUUGUCAAAAGCUGCCUUUUCUUAUGGUAUGAACUCUUAUAUUUUCAUUUUCUAUAGGCAAGCUCUUGGAGCUCUCCUCCUACUGCCUCCUACCAUCAUUUUCAGAAGAAAAGAAGUAAGAUGUUUAUCAUUUGGGGAGGUGUGCAAGAUUUUCAUGCUGGCCUUUCUGGGGAGAACGCUGACUUUGAAUGCUAAUGGAAUAGGCGUUAAUUACACAUCUGCAAAUUUGGGCUCGGCAGCAUUUAACUGUGUUCCUGUCACCACGUUCUUCUUUGCUUUUAUUUUUAGGAUGGAGAAAGUAAACUUGAGGAAGGCAAGUGGGAUGGCAAAGGUUGGAGGCAUAAUGCUGUGCAUUGCAGGAGUUGCAGUACUUGCAUUUUACAAAGGCCCUUAUAUGAAGCCAUUCUUCAAUUAUCACCUUUUUCAAACCCACCAAAAAUCUCAUCUUUCUUCCAACAAAACAUGGAUUAUUGGCUGUUUUAUGCACCUCAUAACCUCCAUUUUACUUGGUCUCUGGUUUGUCCUUCAGGCUUUGGUAAUGGAGACUUGCCCGUCUCCACUUGUGUUAACGUGUGGACAAACCUUGUCAAGUGCGAUUCAGUCAUUUGUUGUGGCCAUUGCAGUGGAGAGAAACCCUUCUGAAUGGAAGCUGGGUUGGAACAUUAGCCUCAUUUCUAUUCUUUAUUGUGGAAUUAUUGUGAACUGCAUUGGAAACUAUCUAUCAUGUUGGGUCAUCAAGAAGAAGGGUCCAGUUUUCCAAGCUGUGACCACACCCUUGAAUCUGGUUAUGACAAUAGUUGGCUCCCAAUUUCUUUUAGACGAUGGAGUUAGCUUGGGAAGUAUAAUAGGUGCAAUGUUGUUGGUUUUGAGCCUUUACAGUGUGUUGUGGGGGAAAACCAAAGAAAUGAGUUAUGGUAAUACAGAAAGUAAGAGUGACAAAUCAGUUUCAGUUCCAGAAAUGAGUUAUGGUAAUACAGAAAGUAAGAGUGACAAAUCAGGUUCAGUUCCACCAGAGAAGGAAAUUGGAGAUCAACAUUUGAAACAAACUUCCAUUUCCAAAGUCAUGGAGCUCCCUACUCAUUGAAAGCCAUCUCCUUUCUCACUUAAUAUUUUUUGCUGUUUUUUUUUUAGUAUUCAAUCACAAAAAGUGAUAUAAUUGAAAAAUACAUUAAAACUU